AUGAUACCCGGAACCCACAAGCAGACACUGGAGGAGAGACGGAGAGGUGAACUGGCACUCAGCGAUUUUGCCGAAUACGUCGAGAAGCAGCAGGCGCAUCGUGUUCCUCUGUACCGCGAUGUCCGUGAUACUUCUGUAGCACCCAGCGACAGUGGCUAUUCCACCGUGAGCCAGACGACGACAACGGAAGACCAUGCGGAACUCGAUAUUCUUGACCAGCUAGGCCUGUCAGAUAAUGCCGGGCGGGUCGAGCUCAAACACCUCCUCCUAGAUGACUCGACCACCGCAGAUGAUACACUGCAACAACUUUCCGGCGUGGUACGGGCUCGCAUUGACGAAGGUCAUGGGGAAACGAUUUUCGAUCUUGGCCAGGAAGACAACGGGGAAUGGAUGGGCUUCGACAGAACACAAUGGGACACAGCCCUAGAACGCCUUCGCAGGGCCGCCCAAACUCUUCGGGCCGACUGCAAAGUGCUUCUAACCUACAAUGUCGGUGGUCCAGAGGAAGCGGAAUCCAAAAACGAACGGAUCAAGUAUGCGUACGGCAAAAUCCUCAUUCGACAAGCUGCAGCAUCAGCAGAGAACGUGAUAGAAACUAGAAUCGCGGUUGUUGGAAAUGUGGACGCCGGGAAAAGUACUUUGCUUGGUGUUCUUGUCAAGGGUAAACUUGACGAUGGUCGUGGAAGAGCACGGGUCAAUCUCUUCCGCCACAAGCAUGAAAUCGAGAGUGGUCGGACCAGUUCAGUUGGCAUGGAAAUAAUGGGGUUCGAUACCCACGGUGAAAUCGUUGGACGUGGCCAAGGACGUAAACAAUCCUGGGAAGAAAUCGGCAGGCAAUCUGCCAAAGUAAUUUCCUUCUCGGAUUUGGCUGGGCACGAACGCUAUCUACGGACCACCGUCUUCGGAAUGUUGAGCAGCAGCCCGAAUUACUGCUUACUUAUGGUUGCUGCAAAUAACGGCAUAAUCGGUAUGAGCAAAGAGCAUCUUGGAAUCGCACUGUCUCUGAACGUCCCGGUCAUGGUCAUAAUCACCAAAAUCGAUAUCUGCCCCCCGAAUAUUCUUCAGCAGACCCUUACCCAGUUGACUCGCAUCCUCAAAUCUCCAGGCGCUCGGAAGAUACCAAUAUUCAUCAAAACCCGGGAGGAAACCGUGAACACUGCUACCCAAUUCGUUAACCAGCGGAUCUGUCCUAUAUUCCAGGUGUCCAACGUUACAGGAGAGUCUCUCGAUCUUGUCCGAACCUUCUUGAACAUCCUGCCACACCAUGGACAUUACGACGCUGACGCGCCAUUCGAGUUCCUUGUGAACGACACUUUCUCUGUUCCUUUCGUAGGCACCGUUGUUUCUGGAGUUGUGAAAUCAGGGGUGAUCCACGCCGGCGACUCUAUUAUGAUUGGCCCUGACUCGCUUGGCCAGUUCCGCACCACAGCUAUCAAGUCUAUUGAACGAAAACGUAUAGCCGUUCAUGCCUGCUCUGCUGGGCAGUCUGCUUCUUUCGCACUCAAAGGUGUCCGCAGAAAGGAAGUGCGCAAGGGCAUGGUCGUUCUGCCAAAGCUUGACCAGCCUCCAAAGGUCUAUCGCGAAUUUGUCGCUGAAGUUCUGAUUCUUUCUCAUGCAACUACUAUCAAAACGAAGUAUCAGGCUAUGCUACACGUUGGCGCGGUGAGUCAAACAUGCACCAUCAUCGACAUAGACCGUGAUUAUAUCCGAACUGGGGACCGGGCUUUAGUCGCAUUCCGCUUCAUCCAACGCCCCGAGUUUGUAUCCGUUGGCGAUCGAAUCCUGUUCCGCGAGGGUAGGACUAAAGGGUUGGGAAUUGUUAAGGCAGUUCGCUAUGACCCCAGCAAUCCACUGAACCCAAAAAAUAAAGAAGGUGCAGAAGGAAAUGGCCAGGUCCCACAGUAA